AUGGUGGAUUGUCCAGGGUACAGUCUGUCUGGUGUGGCCGCCUCCUUGCUCUUCAUCUUGCUGACCGUGAAGCACCCAGAUGAAUUCAGGGUAGUCGGUCCUGCUCACCCUGUCUUCGCCAGAGUCGGGGAAGAUGCCCUGCUAACAUGUCAGCUCCUCCCCAAGAGGACAACGGCGCACAUGGAGGUGAGGUGGUACCGCUCUGACCCUGACACGCCUGUGAUUGCACACCGGGAUGGAGCCGAGGUGUUGGGGCUACAGAUGGAGGGGUACAGAGGCCGGGCUGAGUGGACAGAGGACAGUCCUGAUGAGGGGAGUGUGGCUCUGAAGAUUCGCCAGGUCCAGCCGGGUGACGAUGGGCAAUACUGGUGCCGCUUCCAGGAGGGGGAUUACUGGAGGGAGGCAAGUGUGCUGCUCCAAGUGGCAGCUCUAGGAUCUUCUCCAAAUAUCCACGUGAAGGGACCUGGAGAUGGAGAGGUCCAGCUCGUGUGCACAUCCCAGGGCUGGUUCCCUGCGCCUGAGGUCUACUGGGAGGGCUCCUGGGAAGAAAAGUUGUUGAGUUUCUCUGAGAAUCAUGUGCUGGGUGAAGAUGGGCUAUUCUACGUGGAAGACACACUAGUGGUCAGGAAUGACACUUCGGAGACCAUUUCCUGCCUCAUCUACAACCAUGGCCUCAAGGAGGCCAAGGAGGCCACCAUUGCCCUGCCAGAGAAACUUCAGACAGAGCUGGCUUCCUCAAGGGUGAUUGGACCUUCCCAGCCCAUCCUUGUCCAAGUCGGCGAAAACAUAGAAUUAACUUGUCACCUGUCACCUCGAACUGACGCUCAGAGCAUGGAGGUGAGGUGGGUCCGAUCCCACUAUUACCCUGCAGUCCAUGUGUAUGUGGACGGGGCCCACUCGGCUGAGGAGCAGAUGGUGGGAUACAGAGGAAGAACUGUGGUGAUGAGUGACGCCAUCCAUGAGGGAAAUCUGACCCUGUGGAUACAUGACGCCAGACCUUCAGAUGAUGGGCAGUACCGGUGCCUUUUUGGAAAAGAUGGUGUCUACCAGGAGGCCCAUGUGGAUGUACAAGUGAUGGCGGUGGGUUCCACCCCACGGAUCACCCAGGAGGUCCUGGAGGAUGGAGGCGUGCAGCUGAGGUGUGCAUCAGAUGGGUGGUUCCCGAGGCCCCACGUGCAGUGGAGGGGCAGGGACGGAAAGGCAAUACCUUCGUUUUCCGAGGCCUUUCAUCAAGAGAGCGAGGGGCUGUUCCAGGUGGAGACGCUCCUGCUGGUCACAAACAGCUCCCUGGUGAAUGUGACCUGCUCCAUCAGCCUCACUGGGGGCGAGGAGAAAGCUGCACGGUUUCCUCUCUCAGACUCCAAGAUGGCUUUGCUGUGGAUGACCCUGCCCGUUCUGGUGCUGCCCCUUGCCAUGGCCGUUGACCUGAUCAAGGUGAAGCGCCAUAGGAAAGGUACGUGGACCAGAAAACACCACAGCAACCAGCAAAAUCUCAAGAAUGAUGAAAGCCACACCAGGGCUUCCCUCUGA